AUGGAUGAUUGGGAGGAAGAUCAGAGCCCUGUUGUAUCCAGUAACUCAAGUUUUGGCCUGGGCUCUGGUGGUGGAAAUGGAGGAUUCAAGAGCUUCUAUUCAGAUCAAGGCAGCUCUUGGACAAAAGAUACUGGAGAAGGAUUUAGGGGCAGAGGAGGCAGGGGAGGAUCACGAGGUGGCAGAGGAGGAUUCGGGAAUGCCUUUAAAUCAGAAGUUGAUGAAAAUGGCAACGAGGAUAAUUCCUACAAUGAGGGUUGGAAAGGAGGUGAAGGCCGAGGAAGAAGAAGAGGUGGUGGUGAUUUCCGUGAUGGAGGAGGGGGAGAUGAGCCUGGGAGAGGAGGCUUUGGAAGAGGAGGUUUCAGAGGCUGGAACGAGGAAGUGUUUUCAAAAGCCUCAACAGCAGACAACAUGGAUAAAAAUGCAGGUGAAAAUGCAGGACCAAAGGUUGUCUAUGCGCCCCCUCCACCUCGAGAAGAGGAGAGUUCCAUAUUUGCCCAUUAUGCCACAGGCGUUAAUUUUGACAAGUAUGAUGAUAUCCUUGUGGAUGUGAGUGGCAGCAAUCCUCCAAAAGCAAUUAUGACCUUUGAUGAAGCGGCACUUUAUGAUUCACUACGCAAGAAUAUUACAAAGUCUGGAUAUGUGAAACCCACUCCUGUCUAGAAACAUGGCAUUCCCAUUAUUUCAGCAGGAAGAGAUCUAAUGGCUUGUGCUCAGACUGGAUCAGGGAAAACAGCUGCCUUUCUGCUGCCCAUCCUACAACAGUUCAUGACUGAUGGAGUAGCAGCCAAUAAGUUCAGUGAGGUUCAGGAGCCUGAAGCCAUUAUUGUGGCCCCCACAAGAGUGCUCAUCAACCAGAUCUACCUGGAUGCCGACAUGCGUAAACUGGUGGGAUCUCCAGGAAUGCCUUCAAAAGAAGAUAGGCAAAUCCUCAUGUUCAGUGCCACUUACCCUGAAGAUAUUCAAAGGCUGGCAGCAGAUUUUUUGAAAGUGGACUACAUUUUUCUUGCUGUUGAUGUGGUGGGUGGAGCAUGCAGUGAUGUGGAGCAAAACAUCGUUCUGGGGAACCAGUACUCCAAGGGAGAGCAACUGUUUGAACUGCUCAAAGUUACAGGGAAUGAGCGAACAAUGAUCUUUGUUGAAACCAAAAGAAGUGCGGAUUUCAUAGCAACAUUUCUGUGUCAGGAGAAGAUCCCUACAACAAGCAUCCAUGCUGAUCGGGAACAGAGAGAGUGUGAGAAAGCUCUCCGUGAUUUCCGCACAGGCCAGUGUCCCAUGCUGGUUGCCACGUCUGUCGCUGCCAGAGGACUGGACAUUGUGCAAUUCCAGCACGUGGUGAAUUUUGACCUGCCCAGCAGUAUUGAUGAAUACGUGCAUCACAUUGGUAGAACCGGCCGCUGUGGAAACCUCGGACAGGCCAUGUCCUUCUUUGACCCGGAGCCUGACACACCAUUAGCUCGCUCUCUGGUCAAAGUUCUCGCAGGGGCCCAACAGGAAGUUCCCAAAUGGCUGGAGGAAAUUGCAUUCAGUGCUCAUGGAACAACAGGAUUCAACCCACAUGGAAAAGUGUUUGCGUCUACAGACACUCGGAAGGGAGGAUCAUUCAAGACUGAAGACCCUCCACAAACAUCCACUCAGAUCCCUGCAGCCACAGAUGAUGAAGAAUGGGAAUAA